CUCUGUUUUGGUGACGUUGCAGUGACCACGCCGCUGUUCACACCUGCAGUGGGAGUUGCCGCCGCGAGUGCUGGUGGCGCGGGCGGUGGCGGGGCGAGAAGUUACGUCGAUCCUCACACGUACGAGGACCCGAAUCAAGCUGUACGAGAAUUCGCGCGGGAGAUCGACGCGGGAUACAUCACGAUAGAGGCGAUCAUAGGUGGAGGGGAGUUCGGGGACGUUUGUCGGGGUAAAUUGAAAUUACCGCCGGACGGUCGGACAGAGAUCGACGUUGCCAUCAAGACAUUGAAACCCGGCUCGGCGGAUAAGGCGCGCAACGACUUCUUGACCGAGGCAUCGAUCAUGGGCCAGUUCGAGCACCCGAACGUGAUAUUCCUGCAGGGCGUGGUGACCAAGAGCAACCCGGUGAUGAUAAUCACCGAGUUCAUGGAGAACGGGAGCCUGGACACUUUCCUACGCGCGAACGACGGCAAGUUUCAGGUGCUCCAGCUUGUGGGCAUGCUGCGAGGGAUCGCGAGCGGGAUGCAGUAUCUGGCCGAGAUGAACUACGUGCACAGGGAUCUCGCAGCGAGGAACGUGCUCGUGAACGCCGCCCUCGUUUGCAAGAUCGCCGAUUUCGGGCUUAGCAGGGAGAUCGAGAGCGCGACGGAAGGAGCGUACACGACCAGGGGUGGGAAGAUCCCGGUGCGAUGGACAGCUCCGGAAGCGAUAGCAUUCCGAAAAUUCACCAGCGCUUCCGACGUGUGGAGCAUGGGGAUCGUUUGUUGGGAGGUGAUGUCGUACGGCGAGAGGCCGUAUUGGAACUGGUCCAAUCAGGACGUGAUAAAGUCGAUCGAGAAGGGAUACAGGCUUCCAGCGCCGAUGGAUUGCCCGGAGGCGAUCUAUCAGCUGAUGCUCGAUUGUUGGCAAAAGGAGCGAACUCAUCGCCCCACUUUCGCCAAUUUAACGCAAACUUUGGACAAACUGAUACGGAGCCCGGACACGUUGAGGAAAAUCGCCCAGAACAGGUAAAACCUUCUUCCUUUUCUUCUUCUUCUUCUUC